CUCGGGAACCGCACGGCCACAUGAGCCGCAAGGGGGUCACUGUCCCGCACCGCAGGAGGGAUCCCAACCGGGACUGCCACCUCCCCACCCCACGGAAGGCUCGGCGCGUCCCGCCAGGCCCGGGCGGUGGCGGCGGGGGGGCGCGGGCCGGAGCGGGGCGGCGCGGCGCAGGGGGCUGACGUCAGGACGGGGCUGUCGCUGCCCGCGGGCGGAACGGGACCGGCGGCGGCGGCAGCAGAUUAAGCAACAAUGGCAUUUGUGAAGAGCGGGUGGCUGCUCCGGCAAAGUACUAUUCUACGGCGUUGGAAGAAGAACUGGUUUGACCUGUGGUCUGAUGGCCGCUUAAUAUUUUAUGAUGAUCAAAAUCGCCAUGAUAUAGAAGAUAAAAUCCACAUGCGAAUCCAUUGCAUCAACCUCAGAGUGGGGAAUGAAUGUCGAGAUUUCCAGCCUCCAGAGGGGAAGCAGAGAGACUGUUUACUGCAGAUUGUUUGCCGUGAUGGGAAGACAGUCAACCUCUGUGCAGAGAGCGCAGAUGACUGCCUGGCAUGGAAAAUUGCUCUCCAGGAUGCCAGAACAAACACAGGCUACGUGGGAUCUGACGUGAUGUAUGAUGAGACAGCCAUUUCCUCAGCCCCACCUCCCUAUACAGCUUACGCUACACCGUCACCUGAGGUUUAUGGCUAUGGCUACGAUCAGUACAACGGUGCGUAUCCCCCUACUGGUCCUCAAGUCUUCUAUGCCUCCAAUGGACAAGCUUAUGCUGUUCCCUAUCAGUAUCCAUACCAAGGACCUUAUGGGCAACCCCCUGCAAACCAUGUCAUCAUUCGGGAGCGUUACCGUGACAGCGAUGGAGAUCUUGCACUGGGCAUGCUUGCUGGAGCAGCGACUGGAAUGGCUCUGGGAUCAUUAUUCUGGGUCUUCUAGAUUACCCGUUCCUUAUCUUUGUAGUUCCAAAACCCUUUAUUGUGUGCAAUAAUAUAUUGGCAAUGUUGUUUACUGUUAAACUUUAAGAAAUGCAAUAGUUAUUUUUCAGUAGUGACAUCUCAAUAACUGAUUCUUAACUGUCCUAAGGAGAGUUUAAAGGCACUAUUUAGUUAAGUGGUUGGAGAUGGCAUGUGCUGCUCUUGAAUUCUGCUCUGAUGUUUGGCAUUAUAAGGAUUUGUACCAAAAAGGAUCAAUAUGAACACCAAUGUAACACGGUAGCAGUCACUAGCUUUACAAACAGACUGAGACUGUAAACACCGUAGGAAAAAAAAAAUAAUGUAUUUUGGGGGGUUCUAAAUCUGGUCCAAAUAAGAGGUUUACAGGCCUACUGCAUUAGUAUGCAGCGCUACUGGCUUCUGAACAUUCCCUAGACAAACAUAAAGCUCAGCAAACUCCUUGGCAUUAGGUAGCCUGCCAUGCUCGAGGAUUUGUUUUGUUUUUAAACUUGCCUGCAGAUGGUAAUGUAUUUUCUUAGAUGGAGUCCUAUACCUGUCUGUUGCACCAUGCAGGUGAAGUUGUCUUUGAGAACAUAAAAGCAAACUACUAGGCAGCACUCCUCAGUUCUUUUAUUCUCCCAGAAAUGUGAAUCACCAGUGGCAAGGAAGACGAGUGUUUGUUGUUUCACCUCCUUCAUUAUCCUUAAUUGCUAUUCUCCAAUCAGAUGGAAGUAAUGAAUCUUUAGCUUUACAAGUGGUCUUCCCUUGCUCUGUUGGGUCUACCAGAAUCCCUCUGCAGGCAGUAAUAGUCAAGAGGGGAGAGACAAACAGCCCAAGUAGACCUUGCACACAGGUGUUUUGGUAUCAGCUGCCUUGCCAUGGCUAGGAUAGAAUGUCUGCCUCUUGGCCUCCAAGGUUUCCUGAACCAGGUUCAUCAUUUGCAACUAGUUUUGAGCACAGCUGAGCCUGGGUUUGUUCAAUGCACACUCCCUUCUCAGGACCCUUCUCAGCAGGUCUCUUCUUCCCUCCAUGGCUGGUUAAGGAAGACACUCUAAGGAACCUGGCUGGCUUUUCCUUACACAACGUGCUCCAGCAGGCUGCUGUGCUAUGGACUGUAACAUGGGCUGCAACUGUUCCAUGUGUUGUGUGGCCUGUUAUCCUGUUAUAGUCUAUGCUGAGCUGUGCUUGGCAGGGGAAAGCAAGCUCUGAAGAAAUGCACAUGCUUUCUUAUUCAGGUAAAAGAGGCAGGGUGCCCGAGUUCUUUACAGUAAGAGGACUUAUUUUUAUACUUCUACUUUCAGCUUCCUGUAUUCAUACUGUUUUAAUAUGUUAAGUCUUUCUUACGCUUUCAUUCAGAAAUAGGUUGAUUUCCUUAAGGUUCAUAGGGUUUCAGGUAUGUCAGGAAAGAUGAAAAUAGAUGAGAACUUGCACUCAUAUAAAUUCAGAUCAAGCCCCAGCCUUUUCAAUUUCAUCCUAAGGCUGUCUUGGCUCUAUCCUACAUUUUUAAGCAAUAGAGGUCUUGGAGAAGAGUAGGGGAAGCACUAAGCUUUCAUGACUCUUAGGACCAACUCAAACAGAAAUCAUUGUAAGAAAACAGACUUGUUUCAGAAUCUUGGCUGCUAUUAUCAAGAGUGGGCCUAACCCAGGGAAUCUAAACUUCUUUCAAGAAACUUUGGCUCAGAGCCACACACCAACGUGCAUGUAUGUUCUUUCACAGAUUAAUACAAGCUGCAUUUGUUCCGCUAGUGGUAUGUACUGGAAGGACUUGUUGGAGGUUCAAAAGAACAAUAAUGCAAAACUCCAAAAUAAUGCUAGUCCAAACCAAAACAAAUUGGAGUACACUACUGAAGUUCUCUUAGAGGCCUAGUACCCUUGAUGUUAGAAAGAGAUGGUGACUGUCUGGAACUUAAGUGAACAUUUCUACCCUUUUUAAGGCUUGAGAUAACCCUGAACUGGUUAAAGGUCUACACUGCUGUUUAGUUUGUGCUUUGAAUAUAACUAGUUCUGUAGAAUGCCACUAUCUCCUCUUCUCCCUAUGUGGUAUCUAACUGUAAAGGGCAGGGGAAGAAUAAAACAAUUGAACAUCA